ACGCUGUCAUUCAAGUCCUACGACUGGAGUUGACACUCACCUGCCAGGAAGACACGAUGGUGCAGUGUGCUCACCAAACCUGUCUACGAAGAAAGAUUUCGAAGGAAUUCAUUUUCUUUUUAAAUGAUUAAUUGACUUCUGUUAUAUCACGAUGUAGAAGAUCCAAAAUGUGGAACAUGUUUUUAUUUGCGGUCACUCUCCUGGCGUUACACAGGACAGAUUCCAUUGACAUUGAUCCACCAGAAAGAGUUCGUUUCAACUCCAUCAACCUGCAGAAUGUUGUGGUGUGGAGUCCUGGUAUGGAGGGGACCAACUACUCAGUGGAGUAUGCAAUUUAUGGUGAUGAAGAUAAGACGAAACAGGGCCAGGUUCUAUGGAGGCCAGUGGAACAUUGCACAUCGAUCCUCCUGAACUCCUGUGACUUGUCCGACCAGACCUAUAAGCUUGACGAGACUUACUACGCCAGAGUGAGGGCAAUGAGAGGCUCUGCGGUCACCUCAAACUGGAUAGUGACUCAGAGGUUUGAACCUCGGAUGGACACGGCCCUGGGUCCACCUCAAUUCAAUAUGCACAUCAGCGGAAAUUCCCUUGAUAUUCAUUUGAGGGGUCCAAUGCGGUGGAAGAACAAAAAAAUGAACAAAGAGCGUCCUAUGAAGAAUGUAUAUGAGAUAUGGUACAACAUCUCUGUCUAUGACAACACAAGCAGACACUCGAAGCAGAUUUUUACUAAGAACCAGUCCUACAGACUUGACUCGCUGGAAUAUGAUACUAUGUACUGCGUGUCUGCUGGGACCUAUUCACAGAACAUUCCUCUUGAAUCCCACACAAGUGAAUGGAAGUGUGAGAAAACACCAACAGAUCCUUUCAAGAAGCAUAUGUUGAUGGUGAUUCUAGCUGGUCUUCUACCCUCAGCAGUGUCUUUGUUUGCCCUGAUAUUGUCCAUCUGUCUUGUGUACCAUUACGUAUUUGGAAACAAGCAGAAGCAACCAGAUUGUACGAGCAUAUCGCCCGAGGAGAAAACUUUUGUACCUCCCGUGGCAGUUAUCGAUGUCCUCAACAUCCACAAACCCAGCCUGCAGUCCCUGGAGGAGGAGAUUGUGAAGCUCCUUCCUAGCCAGUUGCCUGUUUUCAAGACUCCUCCACCACCAGCACCGCAACAACCCAGCGAUGAGUCCCAACCGCCCAGCUAUACAGCCCAGCGAGUGGACAGAGCACCACCGGAGUACGACGACGACGACGACGAGAUGCCUCCGGACUACGGAUUUGUCAGCCACUCACCUCCAGAGGAAUCAACGGGACGAGGCUUUGACCCCCUCGCGCCGCCACAGCCCCCAAUGCCUCCUGUCACCGGACAUAACAGUUACAUGACGCAGACUAUCAGCAGGCCGGGGCAGUCAACAUAUCAGAGCAACACCGAUGAGGUUGAGAACGAGGAUGGGGAAGAGGAAGAGGAUGCAAAUGGUCCGACGUUAGUUGACUGGAACCCCAGCACUGGGGUCCUGCAUAUCCCAGAGCUAAACUCCAUGCCAUUGCUGGGGGCCAGACGAGCGGUAAAGCAGGAAGAAGUCAUGACGGUGCCCAGGAGCAUCUUCUCCGGCCUGGUGAUGAGACAGUCAUCACGUGAGAGCUGUGAGUCUGUGGAUGGCCUCUCUAAAAUGGAGACUAUUUGGCAGCUUCAAGUCCAAAUGGAAGAAUAACUCAUGUAAGCCGUUUCAGUCUGUUCCUAGAGGGUUUUACCGUUGCAAACGUUCAAAAUCAGAUACUUUGAAACGAAAAUGAAAAUGAAACUUUUAUUGUUUGCUUGUUUGUUUGUCCCCAAGUUACCAUAAGCUCAAACCUUUGGUGUUUUCUGUGUCACCGGAAAUACCUUAGGAAUGCACCUGUUUGUUUAUGCAUUCGAAAGGCGAAGAUACAUGGGCCAACUUUUUGUGCAACCGCACAACCAGCUCCAUGUGAUCUGAUUGGAUGAUCAUGAAAAUUGGCCUACUGAUGAUUACAUUCUUUGUCCGUGAACAUUGCCCUGCAACAUUGCUCAAGUUGCAAGUUUCCUUGGGUAUAAGAGUAACUCAGCUCUAAGCGCACUGACUGCUAGAGUUGCCAAACUCAAUGCACAAAAUGAUGUAUCUGUGUAGACAGCAUAGCAGAGGUGGUGAUCAGAUUGAACCUUUAUCAUUUGCCUAUAUACUGUAUUUUUUGUCUUAUUGGAAGGUAUGAUGAUGUAAUAUAAUAUAUCCUUGAUUACUGAUGAUUCAACCCUUUCUGGUAAUAUCCUAAACACUAUGAUAGCCUAUUUUAUACAAUGCAGUUGAUAAAUAUGAAUACUUUUCUUCAGCCUAUCACAAAGACUAGGCCUAUUGUGAAGUUGUGAAAUGAAGCCUGCCUGUAGGCCUAUAUGUGCCAAAUAAGUGUUUCCUCUUAAAAAUGAAGUAGCCAACUGAUUGAAGUGAGUUUCACCCUUUGAACAGCUGCAAUCAUAUUGUCCUAGAUCUAAGCCUACUCUGAUUGUAAAUACAUAUGGCUGUAUAUGGUAAAUAAAUACUAGGUUUAUACUA